AUGCAGAUCCUCAGUAUCAGCUCCCUUGCAGCGGUGCUACUCGCAUCGUCCGUUAAAGCCUCAUUGGACAUAGUUUCGGGGGCUACCUGGACAGCAGCUGGAACGGAUCAGCAUAUUCAAGCCCAUGGCGGAGGGAUCAUCGAGGUUGACGGGACCUAUUAUUGGGUCGGAGAAAACAAGCUCGACGGAACAUAUUUCCAGUCGGUGAAUUGCUAUUCGAGCAAGGACUUGAUUCAAUGGGAGUUCGUGAACGAGCUUCUUUCCGUUCAGGAAUCGGGCGAUCUCGGACCGAAGAGGGUUGUCGAGAGACCAAAGGUCAUAUAUAAUGAUGACACCAAGCAAUAUGUCAUGUGGAUGCACAUCGAUUCGAGCGAUUACUCCGAUGCACGGGCUGGAGUCGCAACAGGCUCCAGCGUUUGUGGGGAUUAUACUUACCAUAACUCCACGCGACCUCUCGGAUUUGUUUCCAGGGACAUGGGUCUUUUCAAAGAUACUAAUGGCACUGCCUAUCUCCUGACAGAAGACAGAAACAAUGGGCUGCGGAUCGAUCGUCUUUCGUCUGACUAUUUGACCGUUGAGUCGCCGGUCCAUCUUUUUGAGACUUAUGAAUCCCCGGCUAUCUACAAGAGCGGAGAUACUUAUUUCAUGUUUGGGUCGCAGUUGACUGAUGCGAAUGACAACCGGUAUACAACCGCAACUAGUCUCUCCGGGCCCUGGUCCAAGUGGACAAAUUUUGCUCCUGAAGGGUCCAAAACCUUUACAUCGCAGACUACAUUUAUUCUAGAAAAGGAUGGCGUUGUUAUUUAUAUGGGCGACCGUUGGGUCCCGAGUAACCUGGCUUCCUCGACUUAUGUAUGGAUGCCGUUGACCAUCUCGGGAACCAAGGCAACACUGAAUGAAGCAGCGGCAUGGACAUUUACCAAUGGAGGUUGGGAAACAGCCAAACCGGUCGCCACACUGCCUGCCAUCUCGGACGACACUACACUCGGCGGCUCCGCCCGUUCCGUGGCCGACAAGAGAGUAGGAUAUCUCGGUGGACCUGACAACGGAACCCUGACCUUCAACAAGGUCUCCGUAUCUGGGAGCGGCAAGCACACGGUGCGGAUUUCAUAUCGCAACGGCGACGGCUCACAGAGGUAUUGUGCUGUUGUCGUGAAUGAUAAAUCAUACUCGGUGGCCUUCAGCUCUACCGGGACUUCUCUAGGGACGAGCGUGUUGUAUGCGGAGUUUGCCAAUGGACGUGAGAAUGAGAUCCGGUUUGAGGGACUAAAUGAAAAAUACUGUCCUGAUAUUCAGGAGUUGGUCAUUUCCUAG